AUGGCCGAUAGAUAUUCGUUCUCCCUCACUACAUUCUCCCCGAGGUAUAGAGCCCCACUAUACUUGGAGGCUCUGCGCGCCUUGCUGACAAGUGAAUGCGUGUAGCGGAAAACUCGUUCAGAUCGGUAAGCCUCGACCAAAUCCCUCUGGUUUAGACUGUGGUUCGAUACAGUCGGGAGGUUGAUGAUGGAUUUUGGGAAUGGCGAGGAGAUUUCAAGAUGGAUGUGGGGCAGAGGGUGGUGGGGUCAGCUCAGGGAGCUAAUUCGGCGGGGUUUAUCUAGAAUAUGCACUCAACGCAGUUAACCAGGGAGUAACGAGUCUCGGAAUCAAAGGUACAUCUAAUGCUAUUUCCAGCACUCUUUAUAUUUUGUUUAUCGGUUAUUGUCUGAUCAGCUAUUUCCACCAAACAGCUACCAAUGGUGUUGUUCUUGCAACCGAAAAGAAGUCUUCGACGCCCCUCAUGAACUCAUCUUCCCUUGAGAAGAUAUCGUGCAUAACACCCAACAUCGGGAUGAUUUACUCGGGUAUGGGACCGGACUACAGAGUCCUCACGGAUAAGGCUAGAAAGGUCUCUCACAGUGACUACAAGAGAAUCUACAACGAAUACCCCCCUACAAGAAUACUGGUCCAGGACGUUGCCAAGGUUAUGCAGGAGGCUACCCAGAGUGGCGGUGUGAGGCCCUUCGGUGUUAGUUUGCUCGUGGCCGGGUGGGAUGAUAAGCCAGCGGGUACUGGAAAGGGUGGCCCAGCGCUGUACCAGGUAUGGUAAAAUUAAUGACUCGAGUUUGUGUGGGGAGAAGCUAAGAUGGGGAAUUUUCUCACCAGGUCGAUCCAUCUGGCUCUUAUUUCCCGUGGAAGGCGACUGCCAUUGGAAAGAGUGCUACUUCUGCGAAAACCUUCCUCGAGAAGCGGUAUGCGGAGGGAUUAGAGCUGGAAGAUGCUAUCCAUAUCGCUUUGCUGACCCUAAAGGAGACUGUAAGUUUUUUUUCUGCUACCUGCUGUGUAGCACUUUUUGUGAGCAGUUAUCUGAUAUGAUUCGGCUCGGUGCAGAUCGAGGGUGAGAUGUCUGGGGACACUGUCGAGAUCGGGAUUGUUGGGCCCCCAGCGGACCAUCUGCUGGGCUACGAAGGGGUUGCCAAUGCUCAGGGUCCUAGAUUCAGGAAACUGAGCCCUCAAGAGAUCGAGGACUACUUGACAAAUUUGUGAGGAUGGCUGUCCGGGCGUGGUGGAACUAAUGUGCAUUUUAUAUAUCAUUUUCACCGCGGUGCCUAUGGGCAAGCUCCGCAAAUUAGAUAGAACAGUAGAGAGCUGCUAUUCUUGCCGCUGUUGCACCUUUCUGUAGAUUGUGAAUUACCGAUGACUUGUGAUUUUGCUAUGCUCGUGAGGGAUUGCAGGAGUUCAAGUCUUUCCCCGUUGUACAGAGAGCUAGUUUUUAGCGACUUCUGAUGUUUUUGUGCUCCCCACUGGUUGAGCCAACUGUUACGGGAAAUGUUACCA